CCCCAUGCGCCUGCUUCAUGAGUACAGCCUACAAGAUUAAAUGGGUCCAGUAACAGGAAUGACUCCGGAUAAGAAAGCUGAAACACCAGUAGAAAAAGCGGCAGGUCUAAGGCAUAUCCAAAGAAUGGGAAGCUUGCCGGAGGCAGGUGAUGCUGCUCGACCAAAGGCCACAGCUGUGGAUAGUGAAGUAGCGGACGAUGAGCUCACCAAUUUGAACUGGCUGCAUGAAAAUAGUAAUCUCCUAACGAACUUCAGCCUGGGAAGUGAAGGUCUUCCAGUUGUUAGUCCUCUGUAUGAUAUUGAGGGGGAUAAUGUGCCAACAUAUCCAUCCUCCUGCUAUUCUAAUCCGAAGAAGAAAUCUGCCACAUCUAAGCCCCCAUAUUCUUUCAGCCUUCUUAUAUACAUGGCAAUUGAACAUUCUCCUAAUAAAAGCUUGCCAGUGAAAGAAAUUUACAGCUGGAUUCUGGAACGCUUCCCAUACUUUGCUACGGCUCCUACUGGCUGGAAGAACUCCGUCCGGCAUAAUCUUUCUCUGAAUAAAUGUUUCCGAAAGGUGGAGAGAAGCCAUGGCAAGGUGAACGGAAAAGGUUCAUUGUGGUGUGUGGAUCCAGAAUAUAAACCAAACCUUGUACAGGCGCUGAAGAAGCAACCAUUUCCCUCUGCGUUUGCAUUUUAUACCCCACCAGCAUCACCACUAAGUGGUUCAUCAUCUCCUUGCUAUUUAACCUCAAUUCGGAAACAGUGUCAGGGACGAUCUAUCAAAGAUUCAGAUAUUGAUGCUGCUACUGCCAUGAUGCUCUUGAAUACUUCCAUUGAACAAGACAUUUUAGAUUGUGAAAAAUCACCAUCUCUCAAGCUCUCCAAGAAAAGGAAAUAUGGUAGCACAUUCCAUAACCACACCCAGGAAGAGGGCGAUCCAGCAGUCCCCAACAUUGAUCCCAAGGAGGACCACAAUUAUAGUGCCAGCAGUGUGGCUGCACAGCGUUGCGCAUCACUCUCUAGCAUGUCUUCCCUGUCCUCUGUUGAUGAUGUAUACAAAUUUGUCUCAGAGGCCACCCGGACAGGGAGUGACGGCAGUGAAGGAUUUCAGAGUGAGGUGGACACAGAUGACAACGAAGAUGACGAUGAUUCUCUGGCAGACAGUGGUUAUACCUCACAGCCAUGUGUCAGUAUCACAGACGAGGCCCAGCCUCAUCAGAAGGUCCUGGAGGAACUCUGCCAAGAAAUUGAUGAUGAACUCAAAGAGGCUGCUGGGUCUCUUCUUCAUCUUGCUGGGAUCAGCACUUGUCUCGGCUCACUAAUAAGUACUGCAAAGAGCCAUACCCAGAAGAGAAGGAAAAAAAACGACAACACAGCGUGA